GACAUCUGUCAACAUUACAUACUUUUCCCAUAAAAUUUCAGUUGUUAGUCUACUAAGCGGCGUUUUUGUUCCCACGUCACCGUCGUAUUGUCUACUCUGUUAUUGUGCGUCGAUGCAGCGGGAGAGGUUACGUGUGAGCGGUCACACGCGGGCUAUCGCGCGUGAGCUGUUCGAUUGCCGGCCAGGGAGGGGGCACCACGCCGCCCAAGGUCAGCAGCGGCUGUCGGCGAGCGGGCCCGCGCGCCACCACACGCCCCAUGCUGCCCGGACCACUCGCGCCCCUCGAUCCGCGUAAAACACGCGCCUUGACCACCAUCUACGCGCCGCGGAAAUUCAAAACACGGAAACAUAAAACGGCCCAAUCCAGGAUGCUCGACAAUGACAUCCAGAUCAAAUCAACGCUAUCUCCUUUCCUUCCUUUACCCGCUAUUGGACAGAAGAGCGAAAAACCCAAAACGAAAGUUAUUGUUUUAGACUUAAACAAGAGCGAAGAGGGCGGUUUGGAUAAGUCCUCUAUCAAAUUGCAUGAUGUAUUGAAGCCAUUGACGCCUCUGAGAAUUCACGGGUAUGUGAGAAAAAACUCUUUAGAUCUUGGCAAAAAGAAACCCCAACAGCUCGUGCGGGAGAACACGUAUGACGUUAUAGAGCCAAUUUAUCUCAACGCGGCGAAAGUAAGGAAAAGAGACGCGUCAAUAACAAGAAGAAAUUUAACGACUGUGAAUUCAGAAAGUGUAGAAACGAAUGAAGAGUCACCGAAAUAUUCACCGAAGACGAGGUUCAAGAAAGCGGCUAUACAAGUGGCGAAACUUACGUCAAUGCCCGAAACGGGCAAGUUGUUAAGUUUAAGGGAAAGACAAACUUUCAAUUUGUGCCUCAACGACGAUGAUAAAUCUUCGUGUCAUUUAGAAGAACUGCCAAAGAGUCCCACUCAAAAGCUGAAUAAGCUUACGGAAAUUUUUCAAAGCCUAGAAAUGAAGGGACGACACAGAGAUAGGAUGAAAAAAGAAAACAGUUGGUUUUAAUUGUUGGAUGGAGUUCUAGAGUAAGAUAGCGUUUUUAUUUACGUGUUUUCUAUACAUAUGAAGAUGAUUAUAAAAAAAGGAAUCCAUUUAAGUGAUAAUGUUAAUAAAAUAAGAGUUUAUUUUUGUUAAUGGGUACAAAAUGUUUAACGUAUACGAGAAAUAAUGAUAUUUCUGAUAUUGCUCAAAGUUUUAGUGUCGCGUACGUACUUGACUGUUAUAUUAAAGUGUGUCUUUUUCUAAUAUCUUGUUUAUUUAUUUAAUCAGGUAUUUUGUGUAAGGUGAGAAAAGGUUAAUCUGAAAUAGUAAGUUUAAUCCUGGCCAAUUCUACAAUAUUAGGUGUUUUACAAAUUUCCUUUAUAUUCUUUUGGUGAUUAUAUUUUUUUAAACAACUUAGAGGUGCAUUUAAGCUAAACUAAAAGUGGUAACCGUCAAGUGGUAACACAUGUGAAUAUGAAGCACCAUGGAUAUAACAGAAUAUACUAUGACGCCCAUGCUAUCUCCCUCACAAGUUU